AUGGCUUUUUGUGGGAAGACUACUCUGUACAUCCUGGGCCUUCUGAUAUUCGGCUCCCUCAACACUAUGUGUACUAAGCUGCAGUUCGAAAUGACUUCGGUCGGUAUCAAUGGAGAUGUGAAGCACUUUAUGAAGCCCUGGUUCGGAACAUUAACCAUGUUCAUGGGUAUGGUUAUCGUUCUAGUAAUCCACUUUAUUGACGUCUUGAUUGAUCGUAUGAGAGCUAGAGGUCACCGUGGUGAAGCUUAUGAAGCCUUGUUGGAGCAGCCACAUCAACAGCGGCAGAACUCUGGUGGGAAGGAUGUUCCUAGCUUUUGGAGAGCUGGUUUAUUGAUAUUGGCCCCUGCUGCUUUUGAUUUGAUCGCCACGACUAUGUCCUUUGUGGGAUUGUUGUAUAAUUCGGCAUCUGUAUGGCAGAUGUUGAGAGGGUCUAUGAUCAUUUUUUCCGCUAUCUUUUCCGUUCUUUUCCUUGGUAGGAAACUACACGGCUAUCAUUGGUUCGGAGUCUUCAUGUGUGUGGUCGCCAUUUGCUUGGUAGGCAUCGCCAAUGUCAUGUCCGGUUCUUCCGCUACGUCACAUGUUAGUACUGGUCUGAUGGUAUUCGGUAUGGUUAUGAUUGUUGCCUCGCAAGUCAUUCAAUCUCUACAAAUCGUCACUGAGGAGAAGCUAUUGAAAGGGUUCACUAUCGCUCCGUUCCAUAUUGUUGGUAUGGAAGGUGUCUGGGGCACCCUCAUCUUGUUCAUUUUCAUUUUCCCAUUGUUGUAUUUUAUUCCCGGUAAGGAUGAAGGGUCUGCCGAGAAUACUUUGGAUACUAUGGUCAUGAUUGAGAACAAUAAGAAUCUACAGAUAAUGGUUGGUGUUUACGUUGUCUCGGUUUUCACCUACAACAUGGCUGGAAUGUUGGUCACAUACGCACUAUCUGCAGUACAUAGAACAAUGCUAGAAGCUACUAGAACUGCUGUCAUCUGGAUAUGUGAUCUGAUCAUCCAGUAUUUCGUGGCUCCCGGCUCUAACUUUGGUGAAGUGUGGACUACAUGGUCUUGGCUCCAGCUCUUCGGUUUUGUUCUCUUAGUCAUGGGUCAGGCUGUCUACUCUGAUCUUGUCAAGGUUCCAGGUUUUUAUUAUCCACCAAAAGCCGCCGGUGAUGAGGAUCAUGAAGUCGCCAGCAAGCGUAAGGUUCAAUGUCCCCGUGAUCGCUGA